CCAGGUUCCUGCAAUCUCAAUGAUCAGAAUCUGGACUGAAGCCUGACACCCGGACCUGACAGGACAGGACUGCAAUCCAUUUCUAUGACAACAGAGACGGCUUUGGCUGGGGAGAUGAAGAGCGCAAUGGAGGGUGACGCCAGGAGGACCAAUCAGGUUCCUGAGGACCAUGGGGAUAUGGAUGAUAGCUCAGAGAAGACCCCCAGCAAAGCCUCCAAAUCCCCCCAGAAAAGCACCAAGCGGCCCAAGACUGUCCCUGUCAAAGUCACUCUACUCGACGGCUCAGACUAUGAGACUGCAGUUGAGAAAUUUGCCAAGGGCCAGACCCUGCUGGACAUGGUGUGUGGCCAUCUGAACCUGCUGGAAAGGGACUACUUUGGCUUGACUUUCCAGGACACGGACAACUCCAAGAAUUGGUUGGAUCCCUCCAAAGAGAUUAAGAAGCAAAUUCGGGUUGGUUCCUGGAUUUUUGGAUUUUCUGUCAAGUUCUACCCCCCAGACCCAUCUGUGCUCAUUGAAGACAUCACCAGGUACUACCUGUGCCUGCAGUUGAGGGACGACAUCCUGUCCGGUCGUCUGCCCUGCUCGUUCGUCACCCACGCUCUUUUGGGCUCCUACACUGUCCAGGCUGAACUGGGAGACUAUGAGCCGGAGGAACAUGGCCCCGACUAUGUUAACGACUUCCGCUUUGCCCCCAAUCAGACACGUGAACUGGAGGAGAGAGUGAUGGAGCUUCACCGUAACUACAGGGGAAUGACUCCGGCGGAUGCAGAGGUGAACUUUCUAGAAAAUGCCAAGAAGCUGUCGAUGUAUGGAGUGGACCUGCAUCAUGCUAAGGAUUCAGAAGGAAUUGACAUAAUGCUCGGGGUGAGCGCCAAUGGCCUGCUCAUCUACCGAGACCGCCUCAGGAUAAACCGGUUUGCCUGGCCAAAAAUCCUCAAGAUCUCCUACAAAAGAAGCAACUUCUACAUCAAGAUCCGCCCCGGAGAGUAUGAACAGUUUGAGAGCACCAUAGGCUUCAAGCUGCCCAACCAUCGGGCCUCAAAGCGAUUGUGGAAGGUCUGCAUUGAGCACCACACCUUCUUCAGGUUGGUUUCUCCAGAGCCGCCUCCCAAGGGCUUCCUGGUGAUUGGCUCCAAGUUCCGCUACAGCGGGCGAACCCAGGCCCAGACCAGACAGGCCAGCGCUCUGAUUGACAGGCCUGCCCCACAAUUCGAUCGCUCCGUUAGCAAGAGAUACCUGCUGCCUCGAAGCAUUGAUGGAGCCUCAGCUCUGGGUGAUAGCAUGGACCAGCUGUCCCAGCGAAGCUCCAGUGAACGCACACAGUUCAUGUCCAGAGAAGACCUGGACCAAGAGGGCAGCCUGGAUCUGGAACAUGAUCAUUACCACUAUCACGACCAAGACCAGGACCAGUACACAGAUCAAGAGCUGGAGCAGUAUGAAGGCCAAGAUCAGAGGCAGACACGGGGCGACCACUUCUCCACACCCACCAAGAAUUAUGAGCUCAAGAGUGAGGAGGCAGGCUCGCCUGUAGACUCAAAGCCAGAGGAUCUGGCCAUCCCUCGGCCCAAACAGGAGCAGUUCUUGGAUAAGCCAGAGGAUGUUCUACAAAAGCACCAGGCCAGCAUCAAUGAGCUGAAGAGGGCUUUGAGGCAGCCGAACAGCAAGAUGGCCCAGAGAGAGAAGCGCCUCUCCUCAGCUACUCCCCCUGGAGGAACCCCUGAGCGGAAAUCAGCGACCGGUGAUGGCAAAUUGAUUGACAAGCAGGAUGCUUAUGAAGGAGCGCUGGAUACUUACUCUAAAGUGGAAAAGAGUAAGACUUCCUCUAUGGGUAUAAACACGUUUGCGGUGACAUCGUGGACUGAAGCGAAUAUGAAAAAUUGUCAAACACCCUGGGACUCUUUGAGAGCUAGACCCGGAACGUCUCCGAAACAGGAAACAGACUUUACAGCAACAGGGCUGACAGAUGUGAACCUCAUGGAUGAUACCUUAGCAUCUAACAGGCAUCAUGAUUCUCUAUUAGCAAGGAAUGCCAUUCAAGAAAAUGGAUAUGGAUCUCCACCGGACAAACAGAGGAGCGCAAUGAACAACUUUGAUGUGAGGCAUUGUCAGUAUGAGCACAACAUUCGCCGAGAGAGACCAAGGAACUUUGAGAGUCCGGUGGCCGUGGAUUCUCUCCCAAAGGGCAACGGAGCCAGAGCUGAGAACGAUGCUAGGCAUUGUGAGACUUGGAAGAUGAAAGACCCGAGCCCCAUGGGAGCGAAAGACUGCAACAAAAUUGGGAACUCAGAACGCACCAAAAUAGUCCCUCUCAAGCCGCAGCGAUCAAAGAAGUCUUUGAAUAAAGACAACAAAGGUGACGUAAACCCUCAAACUCAAAGCCAGCCAAAAGACGGAUCCUGUGAGGCAGGAAGGAGACCAGAUGAUAAUACUGCACUGCAAUCUGCCACGGAUUCUGUCAAGGAAAACACAACAGCCAGCAAAUACCACAGUGAAGCCGCGAUGUCGUAUCAGCAGCAAGCUCAACUACAUCACCAGAUAAAGAAUGACUCAGAGUUUAAAGAGAAUGUCUUUUCUAGCUAUCGAUUUCAAACAGCCCCCCCUCGAAGUCUUCCUCUGAAAACGCAGUGGUCCCGAGACAGACAGAGCAACAUGGACAACAGCCACAUCCACUACAGGACGCCCAGUCAGGAAACAGCCAAGAGGAAGCAAGCGGAGACACCUCCCACACCUGCUAUUCAUGAGGAGCCUCUCAGCGAAGCAUCAAGGGAACCAUGGGAAAGGCGUCUGGGCUCUGUAUCAGAGGAUGACCAGGACCACGAGAUCCUGUACCUGAAGGAGACCCACCUGGGCAUCGAGCGCAAAUGCUCCAGCAUCACUGUCAGCUCUACGUCCAGCCUGGAGGCCGAAGUAGACUUCACCGUCCUCACAGACCUGCAGACAGGCAUGGAGGAGUUCUCCAGGGGCAUGUCAGAGCUGGGGGAAAGGGAUCUGUCACCUGAUGUGGGUCUGUGCCUGGGUAUUGACUUACUUCAGCAGCAGGGCCCUUCUGAACCAUCUCCUCCGUUAGUAUCAGCUCCUCUGUCCAGAGGAGCCAGCAGCAGCCCGCCGGCCAAACAUAUCCCGGCUGAAGAAGUCCGAGCAGAGGUCAAACGGCCCGACGUUCAGCCUGUAGUUCCCAAAAAACCAAAGAGGUCAGUGCCAGUGUCAUCGUCAGUGGACAGAGAGCAGUCGUACAGAGAAGCGGGUCGCGGCCCUGCCGUCGCACCGCUGAGCAGGGAGGCCAGUGAUGUCAUGCCCACGCCGACAGUGAGGAAGACAGACGUCAGGACGGAGACUCAGCCCAACGGGUCGGAGGUCACCACAACCAUCGUGGAGUUCACAGAUCAGGAUCACGGUAUCACUGGCCUCAGUGAAGUUUCUUACUCUACGAGACAGAGUGUUUCCCCUGUGCACAUGGGCAGCCUUGGAAGAGAGACAGCAGGGUCGCCCAUCCUGGUCACUGAAAACGUUACCUCGGCAACCACUCAUGUCACCAAGACGGUGAAAGGAGGAUAUUCAGAGACCAGGAUCGAGAAGAGGAUCAUAAUCACAGGAGACGAUGAUGUAGACCAGGAACAGGCUCUGGCUAUUGCAAUACAGGAAGCCAAGCAGCAGCAUCCAGACAUGCAGGUGACCAAGGCAGUCGUUGUCAGGGAAACAGAAUCGUCCACUGAGGACCGACACGGUGUAUCAGAGUCCUGAUUUGCUGAGACGAGAGUGCCCCCCUUUGGACCAGAUGUGUCAGUGCCAGACCUGAAAUUGCCACCCACCAUCCCUACUGAUAGACUACUGCCAGUGGUGCUCAAAUGGAGGCUCUUGUACAUGUUCACACACACACAUAUACACACACACACACACACACACACACACACACACACAUGCACAAAGCUGAACCAGGACUCCUUUCCAAUCCUUCUGUUAU